GGAGAAUGGAGGUAGAGGGGAGGGGAGGGGAGAGGGGGGAGGGGAGGACAGUCUGGCGAGAGAGGAACGUGCGGUGCAGGCUCAGUAUUCUUCAGCCAUUGGGACUUGUAUAUAAAGUACGCAGUUCUCACCGGUGGGGUGAUAUUCUCCAUCUUGCUACGGAUACCAUUUACGAAUUCCUACAUCUACCAGCUUCCAUUACUCUCUACCUCCUCCUACUACCACCACUACUUCAAUAUGGCCGCCGCACUCCCCGACUACAUGACCGACCCCAACAUCGUCUUGAAAGAUGAUGCCAAGUGGCGAUACAAGAAGGCCCCGGACUACAACCUGACCAACGCCACCUUCGAGACGACCAAGAGCGUAGACUGGGCACCCGACUCUCUCGAGAACCUGAUCCAGAACCUUGUGAAGAACUGGGAGAAAGAGGCGUCGUACAAAGUCGACCCUAAGGAAUGGCGCACGAUUUCCCAGGAGAGCUACAGCUUCCACCUCAACGGCGGACCCGGCAUGAGCGCCGAAGACAUGCUGCAGAUGGGAACCUACAACGCUCUCAUCGGCGAGGAGGGCAUCAAGGGCGUCUACGAGACUAAGGAAAUGGACUUCUCAAAGAGCCACAAGCUCUUCAAGGGCGCCAUGAAGACGUUUAACUGGGAGGUGGUCGAGGUGCUCGGCGCACCGCCAAAGGUCUCCGUCAAGUGGAGGCAUUGGGGUGUGAUGAACGGCAACUACCGAGCCAAGCUGUCCUCUGGCCGAACCGUGACCGCAAAAGCGCACAACAAGAUGAUCGAGAUAUUUGGGCUGACGGUGGCCGAGGUCGACGACCAGUUCCGCAUCAAGUUCCUCGAGACCUUUUGGGAUCCCGCCGACAUGUUCCGCCAGCUCAUCUCCGAAGGGCUCGAGGAGCUCAAGGAGGGAGAGAAGGUCGAGGACGUUCAGGUCGGCGGAGCGUGUCCUGUCGGCGCUCAUAAAUAGUUUUUCUCUUUCUCUCGAGAGGGAGGGUGUGUGUGUGUGUGUGUGUGUGUAUAUAGUGCACAUUUGUAUAUAAAUUUUAUGGAGAUACCUACCUA